ACAUUCUUGGAAAACUCAAGGGAAAGAUUCUUGACAAAUCGACUCUUGGAGCUUUCUCUGUGCCUGAUCCCAUGCUCAGAUAUGAGGAAACUGGAGGACUGUUGUCUUGCCAUCACCGAACUCACAAUCCUGCUGAGGAAAGAUUUCACACAAGGAAUAAAACGAAAUAUUGCAAAUCUCAGGGCAGAAAAAGAUUGAGCUGAGUCGAAAUAGUCAGAAAAAGCUUUCUGGAAGAGAUGAGUAGGUCUCAGAAGUGGACUUUGCUGAGAUGGCCAGAGUCUUGCUUAGGUCCUAAAUGGGUGUGCUGUGUGGGGUCUGCUCUUUCAUGGCUGACACUGCAGAUCUUAAUUCCAGGGCUCAGGAUGUGGUUGCUACGAGCCGUUCUAUUGCUACUAGUCCUGCCCAGUCAUGGCCAGGAUACCGCGACUGAGAAGCCUGGAGUCCUGCUUCCCCUGCCCAAGGGGGUCUGCACUGGUUGGAUGGCAGGUAUCCCAGGGCAUCCUGGCCACAAUGGGACCCCAGGCCGUGAUGGCAGAGAUGGUACCCCUGGUGAGAAAGGCGAGAAAGGAGAUGCAGGUCUUGUUGGUCCCAAGGGUGACACUGGUGAAACUGGAGUAACUGGGGUUGAAGGUCCUCGAGGCUUUCCAGGAGUCCAAGGCAGGAAGGGAGAACCUGGAGAAAAUGCCUAUGUAUACCGCUCAGCAUUCAGUGUGGGAUUGGAGGCCCAGGUCACUGUCCCCAAUGUUCCCAUUCGCUUUACCAAAAUUUUCUACAACCAGCAAAACCACUAUGAUGGCACCACUGGCAAAUUCCACUGCAACAUUCCUGGGUUGUACUACUUCUCCUACCACAUUACAGUCUACUUGAAGGAUGUGAAAGUCAGCCUCUACAAGAAUGACAAGGCUGUGCUCUUCACUUUUGACCAAUACCAGGACAAGAACGUGGACCAAGCCUCUGGCUCUGUGCUGCUUCAUCUGGAGAUAGGCGACCAAAUCUGGCUCCAGGUGUAUGAGGAUGGGAAAUAUGCUGGGGUCUAUGCAGAUAAUGUCAAUGACUCCACCUUCACAGGCUUCCUUCUCUAUCAUGACACCAACUGAUCACCAUUGAUUCAGAGCCUCCACUGGACCACACAACCCAAAAAUCAAAGAACAGUACACAGGUUUUUGGUGUAUUUAGGAGAUCGAUGUUGUUAUCUAGUUGGAGGGCUCUGAACAUUAUUCAUUCAUUUACUCAUUCAUUCAUCAAGUAUCUUUAAAAAAAAAAAAUCACAUGCUAUGUUCCCAGUCCUAAAGAAGACAUGUACCCUGGCCUCAUGGAUCUUGUAUGCCAUGGCAAUAAAAGGAUACAACAUU